AUGUCGCACCUCAUCAAGCCAAUCACCUCAGAUCAUGAUCUCAUCGAACUCGCUGAGGAAAUGAACGUUCAACUCGAUAAUAUAUUCGAAUCAAAUGAGAUAAAGUCCCAUCUCCCCAAGAAAGGGUCAUUUCGGAUUCUACUUCGCCCUCCUAAUCUUGAGGUAGGACACUGGACGGCGGUUCAUAAUGUAUGGUAUCGAUCGAUACAAUACCAAGGGACCUACGGUGAUUACUGUGGUCCAUUUUGUGUCCUAUGGCUAUAUUCGAAGCAAUAUCUAAUCAUGUAUCGCGAAUUAACAAUCUCCAGUGAUAUUCCAGCACGGAAGCUUACCAAAGCUUUCAAGACUGGUAAGCUAAGCCUUACAUCAAGCGAACUAAAGGGUAGUGGCUCAGUCAUUCAUCUCCACCCUGCUUCGUUUGAAAAGGCGAUCAAGGCUCGUAAGGCUGGACGCGGUGUCAGACUUGACAUUACCAAGCACGAAGUAAAGAAGGGCUACAAGAAGGCUCAAGGAGGCUCUAUCUGGUCCAAGGUGUGGGGAGGGAUCAAGUCUGCAUACAAAUUCGCUAAGGAUUCGGGUCUAUUAACGAAGGCUGUUGAUGCGGCGGUUCCUGCUUUAGCUACUUAUGCUGGACAGCCAACGGCUGCUGUUCCAGCCAGAGCUGCAAUCAAGUCUCUAACCGGUAUCGGUAUUUACGAUUCCGAUAGCGACAAGGAAGGAGGACGCAUAUCGAUGGCUGAUGUAAAGAAGGCUGCUAAGAAUGCGCUUGGGUAUGCUAAGCGUAAGGGUGUUCUAACCGAUGCGGUCGAUGCUGGAGAGAAGUUCCUACUAUCAAAGGCUACCAAGCCAGAACAUGAGGAUCUAAUCAGAUCUGUGCGAAAGGAGGUUCGUCGUCGUUAUGGUGUAGGAGUAGCAAAGAAACGCCCAGCAAAGGGCUCGCCGGAGAUGAAGGAACGAAUGGCAAAGCUGCGUGCUAUGCGUAAGAAGGGUAAGUCUGGCGGUUCAUUUACGUUGUAA